AUGGCAUUAUAUGUAGAGCUAGGGACUAGUAGGAAAGGAGUGCAGCUUCUAUGAAGGAGCAUCCCAACAUUUGUCCAGACAAGUUCAAUAACUUAGAUUUUUAGAACUUUCGAAGAGCGCCGAAAAGAUUAUAAAGCGUGUUGUCAUCGUUGCCCUUAUUGACCCUUUUUAUCUUCUUGCCUCUUUUGCUCGUUAAAUUCGAGGUCUUUGUUUGGCUCUCUAUGGAGUAUCCUUUGGAUUGUCAAGGUUGUUGGUUCUGCAGAUUAUCAAAAAUCAUGUCUUGUUUGACAGCAAGAACAGGAAGGCAGAGACAGCGGUACGAGGAUCAAUUGAGGCUUGUUUCAGGGUGUAUACCUUAUAAGUUUGAAGAGACGGUAGGGAGUAGCAAUUGCAAUGUAGAGAAAAAGUUGCUUGUUCUCAUGAUUUCUUCACCAAAUCGAGAUGAUCUUGUCUUUCCAAAGGGUGGAUGGGAGAAUGAUGAAACUAUGCAUGAAGCUGCAUGUCGUGAGGCCUUAGAAGAAGCAGGAGUGAAGGGAGUUCUUGGUGAAACUCCACUAGGACAAUGGGAGUUCAGAAGCAAGAGCAAACAGAACAAUGGCAGCCUGCAAGGUGGUUGUAGAGGUUACAUGUUUGCGCUAAGGGUUACUGAAGAGCUCGACUCCUGGCCCGAGCAGGCCAUCUACGGAAGGAAAUGGGUUUCCAUAGAAGACGCAUUCAGAUUCUGUCGGUAUGACUGGAUGCGAGAAGCGCUUAGAAAGCUUUUGACAUCGCUCUCAGAGAACACAGAAUAUGGCCCGAGAGAAGAACUGGACGCACUUCCUCUGAGGCCAGUUAUCUCAGAAGUAGGAUCAGAGCAUCAAAUAUCAUCACCAUCCAGCUGCUUUUCUAGUCAUUCUAGUGUUCAGCAGCUUGCAGCUUGAAAAAUUCAUGUAGCAAAUGCAUUGUACACAGGGUUAUCGAAUCAUGUCUAAAUCAAAUCAAAACCCUUUGUACUGCGAGUUCCCAUUGUAGCAUGUUUUAGACAUUCGUUUGUUGUAUUUCUUUGGUAAUUCUGCUUAACCUGUAAAUAAAUCGAGGUUAAUAGAAGGAACAGUUGGUUUCUCUUGUACAUUUUCGUGACUUUAACAUUCUUUUAAGCUUGGACAAAGACACAGCUGCUUCUGGGGAUAACUAUUCCCACAUUAACCAAAGCAGAACAAAGCACAAUCUCAAAGUCCGGGAACGAUCUACAUACCACGACAAGAAAAUUCAAACCCCCAUACGCUCCUCCCUCGAAAACAUUCACUCUUUUGCUGGUUUUAAUAUUCCGUCUGGUUUAGUUUAACCUUGAAGGCUAUGACUUAGAGAGACUGAGAGAGCAUCAGAUCGAGGCAAGGUGGC